GGCGCCGCUGCUGCUGCCGACGAUUCGUCCCGUGCGCUCCCAGACCUGCAAAUGGUUUCGAGGAUCAGAGGGGUCUUCUUCUACAUGGUGACAUCUGCCGCGGCGAUCGUCUUGUUUGUAGCCAUGGUCGUGGUUCAUCCACUUGUGCUCUUAUUUGACCGAUACCGCAGGAGAGCUCAGCACUACAUUGCCAAGAUUUGGGCUACUUUGGCAAUUUCCAUGUUCUACAAGCUUGAAUUCGAGGGAAUGGAGAAUCUUCCUCCAAAUACUAGCCCCGCUGUCUAUGUUGCUAACCAUCAGAGCUUCUUGGAUAUCUAUACCCUUCUAACUCUAGGAAGGUGCUUCAAGUUUAUCAGCAAGACCAGUAUCUUUAUGAUUCCAAUUAUUGGGUGGGCAAUGUAUCUCUUGGGUGUCAUUCCUUUGAGGCGUAUGGACAGCAGGAGCCAGUUGGAUUGUCUUAAACGGUGUGUGGAUUUGGUGAAAAGGGGAGCAUCCGUAUUUUUCUUUCCGGAGGGCACUCGAAGUAAAGAUGGAAAACUAGGUGUAUUUAAGCGAGGAGCAUUUAGUGUCGCAGCAAAGACGGGCGUUCCUGUGGUUCCUAUUACUCUUCUUGGGACAGGGAAGCUGAUGCCUCCUGGAAUGGAAGGCAAUCUUAAUUCAGGUUCAGUAAAGGUCAUCAUUCACCGUCCAGUUGAAGGGGAUAAUGCAGAAAAAUUAUGUAGCAACGCAAGGAGUGUGAUAGCGGACACUCUUCUUCUACAUGGUUAUGGAGUGCACUAAAGUGGCUGAUUUUGCUUAUACCAGUGGAUUACGGAACUUAGUACAAGGCUCAGGUUCUCAAGGCAAAGAUUGUUUACAAUUUACAGGUAUCAGUACUAGUAGU